CUCGAGACAGACGCCCGCUUCUGGCCACGCCUCCCUCGCCGCCAAUGCUCAACGAGAUUUCGACGUCUGCCUUCUGCACGUCGCGACGCCCGUUCCGCCAUUGAGAUCGUCUUCAACGCCGUCUUCGCCGUUGCUUGUGCCGCCUCCGACUUCCCGAUCUGCCAACCUUUAGCGUCGUCGUCUUUCGUCUGCCAUCCCUGCUCGACACUGCCUCCCCGCCAUUCCUGCCGCUGCUACUGCUCAGGUUCCCCGCGAACUGCGCGCCCUCCGAGUCCUCACAAAAGCCUCAACGGCAGACACUGGCGCGCCGCCAGACGAUGGGAAUCCGCAUGCAGCUGCUGCCCCGCUGAACCCUGCGAGGCUCUUCCGGCCGAGUCGAGUCGAGUCGCGUCGCCGCCGUGAUAUAAAUCAUGAAGGAGUUUCCAAGAAAGUUCCUCAGCUUGCGAGACAAGAAUGGCACGCAUCGACGGAGCAAGUCGGUGCCGCCUGGGCACAAGGACAAGUCCCGGCCAUUGUCCGCCGAGGCAUUCCGCGCAAUGUUCAAGAUUGACAGCGCAAAACAUGCCGCCAAGCUCGAUGCCGACAGGGAAUUCGACGAUGCCAAGAUCGACGAGGCUCAGAAGCUUCUCGACCGCCUCAACAUCACCAACGUAUCCUACGAGCACAUUCGCGAUAUCAUGGCGACCAAGUUCGCCGAUGGUGACCCGAAGAGGACGGCCGACUUCAUCGAUAUAGAGCAGAAGGCUCAGGCCGGCAUCAUUACCUCGUACGAUCCAGGCGUGCACAUGGUCGGCGCCGAGAAUCGAGAAUGCGUCACUUGCUACCUCGAUGCUUUGCUCUUUGCCAUGUUCGCCAAGCUCGACGCAUUUGAGUGUAUGCUCAAAAACGACUUUACUCUUGAAGACCCCCGUUAUAAGCUCGUCAAUUUGUUACGCAUAUGGGUCAACAUGCUCCGGUCCGGUAACCUGAUCAAAACCGACUUUACGAAACUGGUUCAAGAUACCCUGGGCGACUGCGGUUGGCCCGAUGCUCGUCUGCUAGAACAGCAAGACACCUCUGAAGCGUUCGCAUUCAUCACCGAGACGCUGCAGUUGCCUCUCCUUUCCUUGCAGGUGGACCUCUUCCACCAAGGCAAAAAGGACAAGGACGAUCACAAGGUCGUGUAUGAGCGGCUACUGAACCUCGCUGUGCCCCCCGAUCCCGAAGGCAAAGGCGUCAAGCUCGAAGAUUGCCUUGAGGAGUAUUUCAAUGCCCGCGUGGAUGUGCUGCGAGAUAGCGAGGAAGGAAAGAGGUUGACAAUCGACGAAGGCAAGCUCGAAGACCGACUUAAUCCGGUUCACCAAGCUACAAUUCGUCUCAUCAGAGGCGAAGAGGGUGGUUCUUCGUCAUCGAUGACGGCGUCCCCAAUUGACGCAUCGUCUCCUUCCUCGCCUUUCGAUAACGCCCUCGAGCGUACAAGCUCGAUCGUCUCCACCAGAACAAAUGAUACAAGUUCUGCGUUCGACCAGGAUAAAGCAGCAAACAGAGAUGACAGUGAGGAGGCAGAUACUCUACCAAGACGCCCCUCAACUAGGCAUCGCUCCACAAGCGUGAUUCAGCGAAUUCAUGUGGACGAGCAAGGCCGCCCAACUGCUGAUGGAGCGAACAUCCCGAGGCGACGUCGCAAGGGAUCAACAGUCGUCAAGGCGGUGACUAUACCCGCGUGGCAGUUUUUCCGCCUCAUCCCCUGGCACGCCCUCACGACGAACGAGCCUCGCAAUGACGUCGAGGUUGCCAUGAAUUUUGACCAGCGACCCAUCGUGGGCAUCUGUCUCAAGCGGUAUGCCAUGACCGAGUCGGGCCAGCCGCAGCGCUCAAACACAUUCAUCGACAUCCCCGACAGUCUACGGCUACCGCACUUCAUGCUCGCAGGUAAUCCUGAACUCGACGAGGAGAAUGAAUUGAGCACAGAGUACAAGCUGGUACUUCAGUCUGUCGUCUGUCACCGCGGGGAGUCUCUUCAAAGCGGCCACUACAUUGCCUUCGCCAGAGUAGCACCGAAGCUACUCACCGGUAAUCGGAGGCACGAUUUUGAUCCGCCUCCGGAUUAUGAGGAGGCGCAGUGGGUUCGCUUUGACGAUCUGGAUUUGGAAAACCGCGUCAUAUUCGUCGACGACAUCAGACGAUCACUUAAGGAGGAGAUGCCGUACCUUUUGUUCUACCAGGUCGUUCCAAUGGUGGAUCUGACUUGCCCGUCAACUGAAGGCACGGAAGCCGAGCCUCCUUCCUAUGUUGAAUCGUCCAAAACGAGCCUGGAGCUACCGUCAACCGCUACGGCGUUUCACAAGGACCUCAUUGCGCACAGUCGACCCAAUGGGAACCACCAAGAUGAUACUCCUGUCGCAGAGGCUUCCAGGAGCAAGCCGCCUAGCAUCCGGCUCUCAUUCGAGGGAGAGCAGCCUCAGCGUGUCAAUCUCGACAAGCCAUGGGUGCCCCCCUCCACAGCCUCGACGCCUGGAGACUCCCGCCGUCAGAGUGUCUUUACCGAUUCGGCUGCGGUGUCCCCAGCCGUCACUCCAGGCGCUAGUUCGCCUGUGAUCACACCAUGUGACGAGACCACAGCAUCACGCCUUUCGCGAGCAGCGUCUCGCUUCACACUGGGGCGACAGAGUCGUCCAGCAAGCCAGUCCGGCGAGGGUCGGCCCAGCUUCUCCAUGAGUCGGCUAGGCGGGCUCAUGAAGCCGAGCAGAGAGCCCCUUACUGAGUCGAACGCGCUCACCGCAUCGGCGUCCAACUCAACCGCACCACUGGGGUCGGACGCCUCCAGCAAGGCGCCCGAAUCUCCCGAAGACAUGGACAAGUCUUCAGCUCGCGCACAGAGCACACCAACCAAGAAGAACACCAAGCCAAAGGACAAGCCCACGAAACAUAAAGUUCAAGGCGACCAACCCGAACGAGAGUGUUCAGUCAUGUAGUGCCUUCGAUGGGACCCUAGGACGGCUCCCUGUUUCCUUCCUCUUUUUACAUUCAACAGCAGUAGCUUUGCCGGUCACACCCGACACAAGAGCACAUGAGCAGCGAUUACGUAGAUUGCAUGGGAUGGCGUGGCAUGAGCGGAGCGGGGUCCGACGUACAGACGACGCUGGCGGAUGGUCCGCAAUAGAUAUAGCAUUCAUAGGAGGACUGCACGAUACCACGGCGUUGCGAGAGGGGCGGGAUAAUGAUCACAAUUGUAUCCGGGGGGAGAUAUCGAGGGCUUAUGAGAAGCCUGUCCGCUCACAAUAGCGGCACCUACAACAGACUGUGCCUACAGAACAAAGAAUACCACGACGCCUCAUCUGCAAUGCCACGGCGAAAUAUGGUGCCUUGCUUGUCAUCUACAAGCCGCAGAAUUGGGCGCGGGCGGGACGCUGAC